AUGGUCGACAUGCCAAUCAACCCAACCCAGGAAUCUGAAUCAACCGAAGACCGUUUCGAAAAGAAACGCGAAGCUGCGGAACACCGGAGACUCAUGCUGCAACAUCUGAAAAUGAUUAAGAAAGGAAAAGGCUCAGUUAGGAUUGGAAAGCCGGAUGAUAAAGUAUUCCGGCAAUUUUUUGAAGAAGUUAAAUCGAUAAGCUCUGAUCGAACCAAAUCCGAUAGAGUGUUCGAAUCCAUGUCUCGAGCCACCGAUCGAUUCUAUGAGGAAACCGGAAUACAAAAGGAUAAUGCAACUGCAGUUUUGAGAUUUUUUGGAUUGAAUGUUGUCGAUGCGGAAGUACGCGAAAAAUCAAUCAACAAUCCAACGGUUCGGAAGAUGGCGACAGCUACAAGACGACAUGUUCAUAAUUGUGCUGAGAAGGAGCAAGUGACGUCUUUGUCCGAGUUGAGGAACGUUCUUGACAAGAUGGUUCCUGGUAGUCUCAACAAAGAGUUCUCCAAAAAGGAACAGGAAAUAUUGGAGAAUAUCAUCAAGGAUGGAGGACUAUUCGUGAAGAAAGGGCGAGGUGAUCUGGAAGGAAAAGUUGUUGGAUUCACUGAUGAAGACAUAUUAAAUAUGCCGUUGAAGGAUUUACCUGUAUCUGAAUGUCUCAGUCUGGCUCAGGAAAAGGUUGAAAAGUGGAUGGAGAAACUGAGGACUGCUCCAAAAAGAACGGAGAUUACAACACGAAAACCCGAAACCCCUGAGAAGCCGAUAGCCGUUUACGAAGAAGAGCCGGAAGCUCCAGGAUUCGAAGAAGUGACUGUUCCAGCUCAAACCAAGAAAGAGCAUACAGCUAAAAAGACCGAGGAAUCAUUCCGGAAGGCUAUGAAAGAUGCAUCUGAUAAAGGAUCAAUUCUGAUGCCAGUGCUCCAAGAAAUUGUGAGAAAACGAAGGGAAUCAGCUGAGAAGACGAAGACUUCAGAAUCAGAGCCAAAGGAAGAAGAAGUCAAAACGAAGAAGAAGAAGACGGAGAAUCUGGAAAAAGACACGACAGACUACAAGAAGAAGUUUCUGAAUGCAAGUAAACACUGUCGGGAAGCUCAGGAAGAGAUGAAGUUGGCAGUGAAUAAGGCGGAGAGAUUCGAGAAGAAAGCGAAGAGAACUGAUGAGUUGGAGAGGAAGAUGAAAGAGAUGGAGAAGGAAAUGCAGAGAAUGAAUAGAAAACUCGUCGCUCAAGCUCAACAAGCCGAGGAAAUCGAGAGGCUGAAGGCAAAGAUUUCAAAGAAGGAAACGGUGGAGAAGCAGUUGAGAGCUGAGAAGAAAGAUCUCAUCCAUAAGAAUCAAUCACUCCAAUUAGAACUCUACAAAUUGAAAGCGAGUUCUCCAAACUCAUCUGCCCCUUUGGCCAGGGUAGUACUCCAUAAUCUCGAUGAGCUCCAGAAUAUGAAGGACGAUUUUCCGAGGGAUGAACUUCUGAAUGAAAUGAGAGAAAUGGCUGAAAAAGUGCAAACGAUUUCUAAUAGCUCGGAGAACGUGAAGGUGGCAGAAUAUGAAUUGAUUCGAAUGGAGAAAACAAUAAAUAUUUAUUUGGACACUUUGGAAAUCAAUAUUCAGAAAAUUAAGAAAACCCACGACAACUCUGAGCUCUUCCCUCUCCCACGAGUCCCUUGCUUCUCUGAGAAGUUCCUGAGAAUCUACUUCGAUGAAAUUGACAAACUCCCCUCCGAUGCUCAAGGAAUUCCAGACACGGACUGUCUCAUCUGCCACGUCUUCCGGGAGUCAGAUGAGAAGACGAUCCAGUGUGCCACGUGUAAUAAGGUCUACCAUUUGGAUUGUGCUCAACAAUGGUUCAAGACGAAGAGGACGUGUCCACACUGCUGCGAAUGGUUCAAACAAACCAAGGAGUCAAUGGUUAAUAAUAAUAUUAAUAACUGUUGGAAAUUGUAA